AUGACCUAUGACAUCACAAAGACAACCUCACUUCCAGUAUCUCAGGAUUACUCCUGGAUCUGUUGAGGGGAUGUAGUAGCCAUAUUCUAGGGACACAACUUGAAUUUGCCAGUGAGAGUGGAAUGAUUCCACAUGAUGUGAUCCUGGGAACUCUUUACCUUUCUCAGACAGGACUUGGGGUGCUGGGGAACUCCAUCCUCCUGUGCUUUUUUAUCUUCACUAGCCGCAAGCUGAGGCCCACAGACCAAAUCAUGGGCCAGCUGACUUUAGCCAACUUCAUUUUCCUGCUCUCCAGGGGCAUCCCAAUGACAAUGUCUGCAUUUGGGGUGAAAGAUUUCCUGGAUGACACCUGGUGUAAAAUUGAUUUUUACCUUCACAGAGUUAGCCGGUGUCUUUCUCUCUGUAGCACUUGCCUGUUAAGUGGCUUCCAGGCAAUUGUCAUCAGUCCCGUCAGCUCUCCAUGGGAAGGAGUCAAAGCCAGAGCCCCCAAGUACGUUAUCUCUUCUUGCAUCUUCUGCUGGCUGUUCAGCCUGCUCAUAGAAGUUGGCACAGCUAUAGGCAUUACAGGCCCACAGAGACACAACACCAAUUUCACAGUAUCAGAUGACCUCAUUUUCUGUACCUGGAAAGAACCAAGUAGCAAUUUUGUGUGGUUAACCACCUUCAGAGAUGUGUUCUGUGUGGCACUGAUGAUAUGUACAAGUGGCUACAAGGUGAUUCUCCUGAGGAAACACCACCAGCAAGUCCAGCACCUGCACAGGACCAGCUGCUGUCCCCGAGCCUCCCCAGAGAUCCGGGUCACUGGGUCCAUCCUGCUGGUGGUGAGCACUUUUGUCUCCUUUUACUUUGCCAAUGGAAUUUUUGCCGUCUACCAAAACUACUUUCUUCAUUCCAGUUCAUGGCUGGUGAAUGUGUCUGCAUUUCUGGUGCUAUGUUUCCCAACCAUCAGCCCCUUUCUCCUGAUCUCCAGGGAUAGCCAAGUGGCCAGAGCCUGCUGUGCUCCCAGAGACAGGCACAAGCCCUGGCCUCCCGCUUAAUGUUGAGGGUUCAGCACCCUUAGGCCGACAUUUAAGGAAGGACCCCUCCUUGAUGAUCUUCAGGGAAGACAGUGUCUGAUGGACCCCACUCCUUAACCCUGACCCCAUACAGAA